AUGUCAGAGUCCACAGUCGUGGACUUUGUCCUCGCCGCCGCGAAAUCAGCAAAGUCCCGCUCCUCAUUAGCAAAGUCUCUGCAGGCUGUAGACCUGCCGGCAACAUCAGAAGCAGAGCACUUUGUGACGGAGCUGUUUUCGAGAGUGGGUCGGUCGGGCGGGUCGUCGUCAAAAGCAGCAGCUUUGAAGAAAACACAACGAAAGGCCGACGAAAAGGAGGCGGUUCGGUUACUGCAGAAGAACCAGCAGUUCUCCCUGCUCCUGGACGAAGAAGGGUCGAGGCCAGCGGCCAGUACCGACGGCUCUAGUCGAAAAAAGGAUAAGAGCGACAGGAAGGAGAAGCGGUUACGGAAACGGGAUGACCUGGAGAGCGCUCGGGGUUGGGAAAAGGAGGAAGGGGAGGACGACUAUGGGCAACGACCACCGAAACGGUCAAAGACAGCCGCAGAGGAAGACGGGCAUGCGUCAAAUGAGGAGGAGCCGGUGGAGGAGAGCGAGAUGGAUAGGGAUCUGAGAGAACGAGAGGAGUUUGCUGCGAGGCUGAGGGAGAAGGAUAAGGAAAAGACCAAGAAGAUUGUCGAAGAUCGGUCAUCCAAGGGGAACGCUGAAGCUGAGCGGCGUCGCAAGAUCGCCGAUGAUAGGGAGACCCGCAUGACGGUGAUGCCGGACAUCCGAGACCGGUCACGGCAGGAGUACUUGAAGAAACGAGAAUUGCAGAAACUGGAGCUUCUGAAGAAGGAAAUUGAGGACGAAGAGUUCUUGUUCAAGGGCGAAAAGCUCACGAAACGGGAACGACGGGAGCAGGAACUGAAGAAAGAGGUCCUAAAGGCUACCAUCGAACGGUUGCAGCUGAGCACAAAAGUUGAGGGAUACCAAAUGCCCGAAGACUACCUCACCGAAAAAGGCAAACUAGACAAAAAGAAGCAGGAAUCCGUCCUAUACCGCCGCUACGAGAAUGACCAAGACCAAGCCAACUUCUUAACGGAGCAGGAGCAAUGGGAACAGCAUCAGAUCGGCAAGUCGCUGGCAAAAGUCGGCGCGCAGAACAAAGGGGAGGAGCAGCAGGAUUUCGAUUACGUGUUCGACGAGGAUCAGCAGAUUGAUUUCAUAUUAGAGGCUGCGGCGAAGAAGGAGGAGCUGAUACAGGAGGACGGGCCUAAGAUGUCCGAUGCGGAGCGGAAAGCCAUGUCGAUGAAGGAAGUGAGGGAAUCAUUACCUGUUUUCGCCCACCGCCAAAAGUUCCUCGAGGCGUUAGAGGAAUACCAAGUCCUAGUCGUCGUCGGAGAAACAGGCUCUGGAAAAACGACACAAUUACCGCAAUACCUCCACGAAGCGGGCUACACGAAAAACGGCAUGAAGAUUGGAUGCACACAACCACGUCGUGUCGCAGCCAUGAGUGUAGCCGCGCGAGUCGCCGACGAAAUGGGGACGAAACUUAGCCACGAGGUCGGCUACUCCAUCCGUUUCGAGGACUGCACGUCCGACAAGACCAUCAUCAAGUACAUGACGGACGGGAUGCUUCUCCGCGAGUUCCUGACUGAGCCGGAUCUUGCAAGCUACAGUUGUUUGAUGAUCGACGAAGCGCAUGAACGGACGCUGCAUACGGAUAUCUUGUUCGGGCUCGUGAAGGAUAUUUCGCGGUUUCGACCGGAUUUGAAACUCCUGAUUUCGAGCGCAACGAUGGAUGCUGAGAAGUUCUCGGCGUAUUUUGACGAUUGCCCGAUCUUUAUCUUCCCUGGACGGAAGUUCCCUGUUGAGACGUACCACACCGCCGCACCAGAAGCCAAUUACUUGGCUGCCGCCAUCACGACAAUCAUGACGAUCCAUAUUUCCCAACCACCAGGCGAUAUUCUUCUUUUCCUUACGGGCCAGGAGGAGAUAGAACAGGCGGAAGAAGGGCUGCUAGCACUACGGCGGCAGCUCGGCAGCAAGAUAGCAGAGCUGAUACCCGUCCCAUGUUACGCCAACCUCCCCUCGGAUCUCCAAGCCAAGAUGUUCGAGCCAACACCGCCCGGCGCCCGAAAGGUAGUUCUGGCCACCAACAUCGCCGAAACCUCCAUCACGAUUGACGGCGUCGUCUACGUCAUCGACCCGGGCUUCGAGAAACAAAACAACUACAACCCGCGCACGGGGAUGGAGAGCUUGGUCGUUGUCCCCACAUCACGAGCGUCAGCCAACCAGCGCAAAGGCCGUGCAGGGCGUGUAGGUCCGGGAAAGUGUUUCCGACUGUAUACCGCGUGGGCCUACGCCAACGAAAUGGAGGAAAGCACCAUCCCAGAGAUCCAGCGCACAAACAUGGGCAACACGGUCCUACUCCUCAAAUCCCUCGGCAUAAACGACCUGAUGAGUUUCGAUUUCAUGGACGCCCCGCCCGCGGAAACCCUGAUCCGCGCCCUCGAGCAACUCUACGCCCUGGGAGCCCUCAACGACCGUGGCGAGCUCACGAAACUAGGCCGGCGAAUGGCAGAAUUCCCACUCGACCCCAUGCUCUCCAAAACGAUCAUAGCAGCCGAAAAAUACGACUGCACCGACGAAAUCGUCUCCAUCAUCGCCAUGCUCUCCGUCGGCAGCGCCAUCUUCUACCGCCCCAAGAACCAACAACUCCAAGCCGACCAAGCGCGUAAGAAUUUCUUCAGACCAGGUGGAGACCACAUCUCCCUCCUCGCCGUCUGGAACACCUACGUCGAAACCAACUACUCCGACCAAUUCUGCGCCGAAAACUUCAUCCAACACCGAUCCCUCAAACGCGCCCGUGAUCUGCGCGAUCAGUUAAUCGGCCUCAUGGAACGCACAGAGGUCCCCAUCGUAUCCAACCCGGACCCGGGCAACACCAUCUGUAUCCGUAAAGCCCUCACAGCCGGCUUCUUUUACAACACGGCGCGGUUGCAGAAGAGCGGGGAUAGUUAUCGCACGAUUAAGCAUAAUCAGACCGUGCUAAUACAUCCGAGCAGUUGUCUGUUUCAGGAGAAUCCGAAGUGGGUGCUUUAUUAUGAGCUGGUGUUGACGAGUAAGGAGUAUAUGAGGCAGGUGGUGGAGAUUCAGGGCGAGUGGCUUUUGGAAGUCGCACCACACUACUACAAAGCCAAAGAAAUCGAAGACGACUCGAAUCGCAAGAUGCCGAAACGAGCGGGCAAGGCGCCGGAAACGGGGCGGUGA